UCAGCUCGCUUGCCUUUUAGGUGUUCACCCCCAAAAUCCAACCCCCCUCACUCCUGUCUGGAAAUGGACACCGCGGGCGUAUUUAUAGCUGCAGACCACAAGCGAGCUCUCUUUCUUAAACGCGUCGGAGGAGCUGCCCGCUUUCAUCAGAGUCGUGCUGAGCUUCGCCGUCGUAUUUUCUAGACUGUCGUACGUCGAGCCUGGAGGGGCUCCUCAGAUGAAAUCCUCAUUCUGAGCUCGACCAGCAGUGAGAAACCGCGAGAGGAGAGAUGGAGAAACCCGUCCUCCAGACACAGCCGUCCACGCUACCUUUCUUCGACUCGUCGCACGCCUUCAACCUCCUGAGGGGCAUCCACGAGCUGCGGGCCGAGCGCAAGUUCUUCGACGUGACGUUAUGCGCCGAGGGCCGCGAGUUCCACUGUCACCGCACGGUGUUGGCCGCCGCCAGCACCUACUUCCGGGCCAUGUUCACGGGGACGCUGAGGGAGAGCGCGAUGGACCGCGUGGUCCUCCACGAGGUGUCGGCCGAGCUUCUGGGCCUGCUGGUGGACUUCUGCUACACGGGCCGGGUCACGGUCACUCAGGACAACGUGGACCUCCUGCUGAAGACGGCCGAUUUGUUUCAGUUCCCCUCCGUCAAAGAGGCCUGCUGUGCGUUCCUGGAGCAGCGUCUGGACGUCUCCAACUGCCUGGAGAUCCAGGACUUUGCCGAGGCGUACGCCUGCAGGGAGCUGGCGGUCAGCGCGCGCCGCUUCGUCCUCAGGAACAUAAUGGAGCUGGCGAAAGGGACGGACUUUGAGCGGCUGCCCUGGAAGCGCCUGCUGGAGUUCGUGUCUGACGACGAGCUGUGCGUGGACAAGGAGGAGACGGUCUACCAGAUCGCCGUGCGGUGGGUGAAGGCCGACCUGCAGCGACGGCUGCACUACUGGCCCGAGCUCCUCCAGCAGGUCCGCCUGCCGUUCGUCCGGCGCUUCUUCCUCUUGGCGCACGUGGAGAGCGACCCGCUCGUCUACCUGUCGCCCACCUGCCUGCGCAUGGUGAACGAAGCCCGCAGCUUCCAGUCCUGCGAAUACGACCGCCACGACAGGCCGUGCCACCGCAUGCGGCCCCGGCCGUCCACGGGGCUGGCGGAAAUCCUGGUGGUGGUGGGCGGCUGUGACCAGGACUGCGACGAGCUGGUCACGGUGGACUGCUACAACCCUCAGACCGGACAGUGGCGCUACCUGGCUGAGUUCCCCGACCACCUGGGGGGAGGUUACAGCAUAGCUGCCCUGGGGAACGACAUGUAUGUCACAGGCGGAUCCGACGGCUCUCGCCUCUACGACGGCGUGUGGCGCUACAAGUCCAGCGUGAACGACUGGACGGAGGUGUCGCCCAUGCUGAAGGCGCGGGAGUACCACAGCUCCUGCGUGCUGAAGGGCCAGCUGUACGUGGUGGCGCCGGACAGCACCGAGCGCUACGACCAGGCCCUGGACUGCUGGGAGGCCCUGCCUGGCAUGCUGCAUCCCAUGGACAACUGCUCCACGACCGCGUGCAACGGCCGCCUGUACGCCAUAGGCUGUCUGACCGGCGAGGACACCAUGGCCAUCCAGAGCUACGACGCCGACGCCAACCGCUGGACCAUGGUCAACUGCGGUCAGCUGCCCCCGUGGUCCUUCACGCCCAAAACGGUGACCCUCAGCGGCCUCAUUUACUUCGUUAGGGAUGACUCGGCCGAGGUUGAUGUUUACAAUCCACAAAAGAACGAGUGGGACAAAAUUAGCCCCAUGAACCAGGUUCACGUCGGAGGCAGCGUGGCGGUCCUGGGCGGCAAGCUGUUCGUGUCCGGCGGCUACGACAACACGUUCGAGCUGUCGGAUGUGGUGGAGGCGUACGACCCGACCAGCCGGGCCUGGACCGUGGCCGGGCGGCUCCCCCAGCGCACCUUCUGGCACGGCAGCGUCAGCAUCUUCCGGCAGUUCAUGCCGCUGGUGGCCGGCACCUUCGAGCCCGCCGACGUCCCCGAGUCCAACGCCAUCCACCUCCACCGGCACCAGCGCCACCAGGCGCUCCACAACCUCAACAACAACCUGAACCAGAACCAGGACGUGAACCCGGCGCAUUGACGCGGGCCAUCCGUGGUCACUGUGUUCUCCUUUGUUCAGUUUACCUCAUUGCUGCAGGAGGGGGGGGGGAGAAAAUGUGAGAGUUGCUCACUGCAAAAAUAGAGCUAAAAAUAAGUACAAUUUUC